AUGGCAUCUAUUUGUGCAGCACCACAUUGUGGCAAAGAAACCGACUCAGCCUUGAAAUGUCCUGUUUGUUUGAAAGACGGCGUUUCUAGUGUAUUUUGCAAUCAGAAUUGUUUCCGUUCCAGUUGGGCAAUCCAUAAAGGCAUCCAUAAGGCAGAAGAUGGGUCUGAAGAUUACAACCCAUUUCCAAAUUUUGAGUUUACUGGUGACUUGAGACCUCAUUAUCCUUUAACGCCAAGGAGAGCCGUUCCUAAGCAUAUUAAAUUGCCUGACUACGCCCAACAUGGUAAACCAAUCAGUGAAAUUAAAAACGAUAGAAUUGGUAAAAUCCCCAUUUUGACACCAAAAGAAAUCGAAAAAAUUAGAAAAGUUACUAAAAUAGCCAGAGAAGUUUUGGACAUUACUGCUAGUCAUGUUAAACCAGGAAUCACCACUGAUGAAUUAGACGCAAUUUUGCAUAAAGAAUGUAUAAAAAGAAAUGCUUAUCCAUCGCCUUUAAACUAUUACAAUUUCCCUAAAUCAUUGUGCACAUCAGUUAAUGAAGUUAUUUGUCAUGGUAUACCAGACAAAACCAAGUUACAGGAUGGCGAUAUUAUAAAUUUGGAUGUUACUAUAUAUUAUCUUGGAUUCCAUGCUGAUCUUAAUGAAACUUAUUACGUUGGAGACAAAGCAAAAUGCAAUCCAGAAUUAGUCAAUUUGGUUGAAACCACUAGAGAGUGUCUUGAUUUGGCUAUUAAACAUGUAAAGCCAGGAAUUGCCUUUAGAGAAUUGGGUAAUAUCAUUGAAAAACAUGCAAGUGAGAACAAUUGUUCCGUUGUACGUACAUAUUGUGGCCAUGGUUGUGGGACAUUAUUUCAUUGUCAACCUAAUAUUCCUCAUUACGCCAAAAAUAAGGCUAUUGGAAUUGCUAAGCCAGGUCAAGUAUUUACUAUAGAACCAAUGCUUAAUGUUGGAACAUACAAAGAUUUGUCGUGGCCCGACAAAUGGACAGCCGUCACCCAAGAUGGUAAAUGCUCUGCUCAGUUUGAACAUAUGUUAUUGGUAACAGAAGAUGGGUGUGAAGUAUUGAGUGCCAGAACAGAAACGUCACCAGGCGGACCUGUACCCAGAAUAAACUAG